CUUUGAUUAGCCCACUGAUUUAUAGAUAUGGGAAGAAAAAAUACUUCAGGCUCCAAACUUCAUAAACACUGUGAGAGCUGUCACAACAGACGCUGUAAAGUUCCCAUAGAGAUCUCUGUGUCAUGCAUGAUCAUCAACUGCCGCUUGCUGUGUGGUGCCUCCUUUCACAUGUGCAAAGAGGAUGAACACAUACUGCUGUGUCCUAAUGAAAAGGUGCCCUGCAUCAAUGCACACUACGGCUGCCCUUUCACCAUGUGUCGCUCAAAGCUGGCCAAACACCUAGAAGUGUGUCCUGCUAGUGUGGUGGUCUGCUCAGUGGAGUGGAACCGUUGGCCGAUUGAAGAAGCAGAUCCUCCUGAGUUCUACAAGAAUAUCUUGAAGGAGGACUACACUCAGGAGCCUCUGGACCUUUCCAUGGCACUGCGGGACCAGAGGCAGCUGUUUCAGUCUCUCAAAAUGAAGGCUCUUUUUCCUGAACUUAUUGAAAAGAUUGAGGAGAAAUUUGUCAUUCAGGAACUUGAAGGAGCUGUUGGAGGGAUAUCUAAAGAUGUGCAAGAAGCCCCAACAUCUAUAAGUGCUGUCUCAGAUCUUGAACCUCAGGAGAGGGAGUUAACCCAGGAAGAGAGAGAGGCGCUAGCAAGGGACACAAAUAUAUCAGGCAUUGAUAGGUAUGAUAUUUGGGAGAAGAUGUUCAGUAUGGAGCUGAGUGGUUGCAAGCACACCAUAAAGUCGCUAGGCACCAACCCUGUUUCCAAAAGCAAAGAGCUGAAACCCCAAGCAAAUCCAAGCAAACUGGAGAUCCUAAAAGAGGAGACGGAAACACAAUUUGGGAAUUCAGGCACACUUACUUAUAUGCCACAUUUUAAUCCAUAUGAAAUGGAUGAAGAUAAAUUUCUGAAAGCAGCAUCCUUAUUUGCAUGUGACACACGUCCAAAGAAGACAUUUGUAUACGAAUAUUUGGAACCCAUGAAGAUUAAAACUGUGCGCACGUUCCAAGUUCCUACCAGCUUUAAAGCAAGGCCAAGUCGUAUACGCAAUCCUUUUCAUUACAAAAAAGAUAGCAGAGCCGUUGACACAGCAGACCUGAACAUUGAAAUGGGGGACAUGCCAAAAUGGGAUGAGGUUCAAGCAACUCUUCUGUGCUCUCUGGAGAAGGAACUCAGAGGUCACCUUAUUGCAGAGUCCAGUUCUGCAGAUGCACUUCUUAGAGAUGAAGGAACUCAGACUUACGACUUUUACUCCGCUCCUUUCAAAGCAGAUGCGUGUCUGGCAGAUCUUACAACUGACAGGGCUCUGCAGCUUCAUGUACAGAUACAAACCGAGAGCGUCACCAAUAGACAUAACAAAUGCAGCUCUGCAUUCACAUACCUCUGCAGCCAUUCAUACAGACGAGAUGAGUUUUCUUCUCACUAUAAGAACGUUCACUCAGAUAUCCAGUUCUGUUUAAACGGCUGGUUUGAACACAGGUGUCCUCUGGCUUAUUUGGGUUGCACCUUCAGCCAGAGGCAGCUCCGACCUUUCACACACAAAGCCACGGUCUCCUAUGAUAAAGACCUCAGCACAUUCUCUCUCAGACCUGAGGUGCCAUCCAUUCUCUAUGAAGGUGUGACAAUGGUGACUACAGAGAGAAAGCGAGCUCGGAACCAGGAUGCUUUGAGCAAGUUGCCUUUUGAGGUUCUCAUCCACAUUGCUGGGUUUCUGGAUAGCUUUACACUGUCUCAGCUGGCUCUUGUAUCCCGGUUAAUGAGAGAGGUGUGCGGGAUUUUGCUGCAAGAAAGAGGCAUGGUCUCGCUUAAGUGGGAGAAGAAAAUCUAUUCACACGGUGGAUGGUGCUGGAGAACUAGACAUAAGGUCUGGGAAUUCAGCAACUUGUUUUCUCCUGUGGAUAACUGGUGCUUGGAUAAGUUCCCAUCAAUGUCUGAGCAUCUUAAGGUCUGCCCUUAUUAUGAGACAGAGAACAGAACAGAACCUGUAUUCUUAACUGGUGUCUAUGAUUGUAAAGAAGAAGAAAAAGCUCAGAGUCUUGUGUCCAUGUUUAUCAAGAAUAAAUGAUAUUUGCAUUGCAAGUGAGGAAAAUAAUCAACAGCAGGGUCAUAAGAUGCAGCCUGAUGUGAAGCGGAGUUACUGUUAUAACUC